UUGGUCAGAGUAUUUAUUGUAAGAGCUGGUCCUUGUUCAGCAGUUUCACACUGGGAGACUGAAGUCGACUGAAGUUCAUCCUGCAGGAGGACGUCAUCGUUUUGAACAUCUGCACCAUCCACCAUGAAGAUGCUGACUUUGUCUUUGUUUGUGUGUGCCAUGAUGGCUCUGACCACAGCUGUUGCUCUUCCACCAGGUCCAGAUGUACAGAUGCCACUGGAAACCUUUCCACCAACUGCACCUCCAUACGAUUUCGGCGGCUGGGUUCCAUCUUGCCCCAAGGGUUGGACUAUGUUCAGCACUCAGUGUCUCCUCUACAUUUCAAAAGAGAUGACUUGGAGUGAGGCUGAGCAAAACUGCUGGUCUUCUGGAGGGGGAAACCUUGCAUCAGUGUACAACGCAGAGCAGGCCAAUGAUAUUCAUAGGAUGAUGAAGCGUGCCGGACAUGAGCGUGGACAAGUAUGGGUCGGGGGCCAUAAUACAGCAGAGUCUGUCUCUGUGUCGUCCCUUUACGUGGUCAGUUCCUGCUUCUGUACCUGUUGGUCAGAGUAUUUAAGAGCUGGUCUUUCUUUCCUCAGUGUUGUUCUCCACACAGGAAGCCUGAAGCCACCACAGGCCGACGCUGAGAAGAAAGAAGAGAAGAUCAUUCUGCAGCAGAUUCGGACCACAAAGAUGCUGACUGUGUGUCUGCUUGUUUGUGCCAUGAUGGCACUGACCAGAGCUGCAGCUCUUCCAGGAGAAAUACCUGAGAAAAAUCAAACAGCAGAGAGUCACCUGGUCAAGAGGUCCACGUCUUGUUCAGCUGGUUGGUCUGAGAUCAAUGGUCGCUGUGUCCGCUAUGUUCCAAAACCCAUGACUUGGGCUAAAGCUGAGAGAAACUGUCGGUCCAUGGGUGCAAACCUGGCAUCGGUGCACAGCACACAGGACUACCAUCGAAUUCAGUGGCUGAUACUGACCGCCACUCAUCAGCAAAAAGAAACAUGGAUUGGAGGCUCUGACGCAGAAGAGGAGAAUAUUUGGUUGUGGACUGAUGGCAGUCCUUUCCAGUACACAAACUGGUGUCAUGGAGAGCCUAACAAUCAUGGCAGGCAGCGCUGUUUGCAAAUGAAUGACAGAAGUCAAAAGUGCUGGAAUGAUAACGCGUGUAACGGACAUUUCCCAUCUAUCUGUGUCAAGAGAGGCUGUUGAUUCCUGUCAGAAUCCACCAUACACAUUCAUAUGUGUUUGUGUUUAUCUUUGCAAACUCAUCUGUAUCAGUCUCAUAUAUAACCUGAAGGCUCUAUAUCCCAUUUCACUUCUAUAUUUCCUCUCUAUCGCUGUAACGCUACUUAAGGAAUGAAGCGACAAGUGACAUAAACUGGAGCUGGAUCGUCUUUUAGGAGGCAAACUGUGUAAUGAAAAGAAUGAUUUUAGCACAACUUUAUUCUGCAGAGUGAACUCUUCUUUCUUGUCUAAUAUAAGAUUAAAAGUCUGAAGCAUUGAAACAAA